AUGCCGGGUAUCAAAAACUUCGAUCCCAAGAAGGAUGUGCCGGAUCUCGCAGGCAAAGUGAUACUCAUCACAGGAGGCACCGCCGGCAUAGGCGCCGCAGCCAUCAUCGAGCUGGCGCGGCACAACCCAGCGCACCUCAUCUUCACGGGGCGCAACGCCGAGUCCGCCGAGGCCACCAUCGCCAGCGCGCGCUCUGCCGCGGGAGCCAAUUCUGACGCCGUCGUGGUGACCUUCAUCGAGUGCGACCUCGCCAGCCUCGCCUCGGUCAAGGCCGCCGCUGAUAAAGUCCUGGCCCUCGUCGACCGCCUCGACGUGCUAGUCUGCAACGCCGGCAUCAUGGCCCAGCCCGCCGCCCUCUCCCCUGACGGCUACGAGAUCCACAUCGCCACCAACCACCUGGGCCAUGCCCUCCUCACUUUGAAGCUGCUCCCCUUGCUCGAGAAAACAUCAGCAGCAGCGGGAGGAGGAGGAGGAAGAGAAGGAGGAGAGGGCGGAGAGAGCGUCGCAGGAAGCCGCACCAGCAACGGCGCGCGCAUCGUGAUGGUGAGCAGCGUAGCCUGGAAGAGCGGCGCACCGGCGGGGGGCAUCGUGUUCGAGCAGCUCAAGACGACGCAGGAGCUGGGGGUGGGCGGGCGGUGGCUGCGGUACGGGCAGAGCAAGCUGGCCAACCUGCUGUGGGCGCGAGAGCUUUCGGCGCGGCACCCAUCCGUGCUCUCCUUUAGCGUGACCCCCGGCGUGGUCGCCACGCCCAGCGUCGCCGCCUUUGGCCUCGCCGACAAGCUGCUCGUUUACGCGGCCAAUGUCGGUAGGGUCAAGAAGGUCGGGGAAGGGGCGCAUAACUUGUUGUGGGCGGCGGUGGUGGCCGCGCCCCGGGAUGAUGGGGAUGGGGAUGGGGAUGGGGAUGGGGUGGUGGGCGGUGGGUUCUACGAGCCCGUUGGGGCGCUUUCCGAGCUGCAGAGCAGGGCUAGUAGGGAUCCUGUGUUGGCGGGCCGGCUGUGGGAGUGGACGUUGGCGGAGUUGAAGCCGUUUUUGUGA